CAGAUUUGGCAUCAGAGGUUGCGGUACGUUUAAUGUCUGCGCUUGAAUUUAAAAUUUAUGUUAUAAGCCAAGGAUAAAUCAAAAACAUUUAAGAGCGAAUUUGUUUUUCUAGUGUAUCACAUUUGUGGCGUUUCUCAACAUGUUCUCAAUUGUAAUUGAUAUUCAUCGUAAUAUCUUAUCAGCUCAGUGUUGUGUCAAGUAUACUGUUAAAAAUUCAGUCUAUAGAAUGGAAAUCGAAGUAAAUUCUUAUAGUUUACUUAUUUCACUUUUUGACGAUUCUUUAUUAUGCAAACAAAUAAAUAUAGUUACCCCUUCGAACUUUUUUAUUCCAAUGACAUUUAAUUGCUUAGAGCAACAAAAAAAUUCCACUGUUAAAGUAGAAACUGAAGAUGGAGCAGUGUGUGUAAAGAGUAGCUUUAAAUUGCAAGAUAUUUUACAAGACGAUAUUUCUAAUAGCGAUCUAGUUUUAGAAGCAGCGUUUCGUUUGCAAAUUUCAUCUGAUGUUGUUCUUAAAGCUAUCGCUUUGGAUUCCGAUCUAAGCCCAAGCAUAUUAGAAUAUUUCAAAAAGGAAGUUAUACCGAAUGUACCAUAUAACAUUUUGUGUACUAACUGCAAUACUGUUUUAUCUUCUCAGCCUUUGACAUUCAAAAGCAUUGAAGAAUUUCCUGGUGAAUACUCAGAAUUAUCUGAAACCUGGUUUUGCCAUAAGCAUCCUGAAAAUCAUGGCACUGUCUUAUCUAAUGUUUUGUAUAUUUCUCAGAUGUAUUUUCAUUUGCAGAAUUCAACAGUAGAUAGGUUAUAUUCCAAAAAGGAUCAUGAAGAAUAUAAAUGUCUUAAAUGUUCUUCAAUUUGCACAGAACAUGGAAUUAAGAGUAAUUCAGAAUUUACGAAAUUUUUUAAUGAUAAAAUAAAAUUUCAUGCUGUAGCCUCAUCAACACAUUCAGUUGUUAACUACAGAAAUGAAAUUCCAACCUUUUCAAUUGUAAAACAUAUUGAAAGUACUUUGAAAUCAUCAUUCUCUUGCAAAUUGUAUCUUCAGAAUAAAGUUGCUAAUGAAGAUAGUUCUCUUCUAUUAUGGGUUACUUCUCAAACAGUAGCUCAGUUCUGUUUAAAAGGUACUUCAGAUACCAAUAAAUACAGUAAAUCUUCAGAUACUGAUAAAUGCAGUAAAUCACCAAACACAACAAAUUUAGUAUCUGAAGUAUUUUUAAAAACAAAAGAAAUGUACAAAGUGCUUUAUUGUAUUUGUUCACCAUCAUGUGACACAGUACACUCAUGGAAACAUGACUUUAAUGUGGAUUUUUACAUGGUUAGUGAUAAUGCAUUUGAAAAUAUUUGUCAAUUACUAAAAGAAAGUACAAAAUAUAUUCAAAACACACAGAUACCUCUUAAUGGUUUUUCUCUUGGUUAUAUUCCUGUGCAUACUUAGUGUUAUAUAAAUAAUGCUUUUAUUCAUUACACUGAAAUGUGUUUUAUUUAAAAUUUAAGUAAUUUGUUAUACUGCUGUUAGAAGUGUAAAUAAACUCAUGUUAAAUUUUA